AUGGAAACCUCUUCGUUUGACCCGUGCCUUCUGAUCACGGCAAACAACAUCGCCGACAAGGACCUGUUUGGCAUCGCGGCCUUGCAAACGGAUGACACAUUCAUUGCCAAGCCAAAAGAGAUUCUCCAAGAAGGUUCCAUCUGCGACUUUAACGGCAGCCGCCUGACCAUACAAAAUGGCUGUGUCAUCGUCAGGCAGAAGGGCCAAGCCCAAAACCUCGAGGAGAUCAAUCUUCAGGCAUCAACCCAAGAGCCCGUUAAUACCGACUUCAAGGCUUUGAACAAGCGGAUUGAAUGGCAGAUCAACAAUCCCGACCGUGGCCUAUGUUACAUACCCAUCGAUCUCGAGCGCGAAGAUCUUUGUGUUCACCGAUGGAUCAUUCGCCAACAAUAA